AUGGAUGAGCCAGACAAGCCGAAGGAUAAAGUGCCGAUUCCCGGCACGGAUGGAUGGCUCCGUGUCACAACCACACAUGGACAUGUAUUCUAUGCCCAGAAAAAGACCAAGCGGUCUGAAUGGACGAUGCCGGAAGAGAUUCGUCCGGCUGUUUUGGCAUGGGAAGCGUCUCUUGAGCCUGCUCCCAAGAAAAUGCGUACGGAGGCGCCUGAAGACGAAGCGACCACGCCUGAGCCUUUGCCCGUGGAAGCAGACGAAUUUGCCCACCUCUCUUUCGAGGAGGGCAAAGUCCUUUUUAUGGACAUGCUCACGUCACUGAAUGGCACACCUCGCGAGGUGAAUCCCAUCGCUCCAUGGGAUCGUGAACUGCCCAAGUUUGUACACGAGCGUGCGUAUCGCGCCUUGCCUACGCUGGAAGAUCGACAGGACGUCUUUAAUGAGUGGUGCAAGUACCGUCUCCGUGAAAAGCGCGCCAAGAAACCCUCAGCCUCUCAGGACGCCUUCCGUGCACUUCUUCGAGCCCAGGUGGCAUCGACGCGCACGACGUUUGCGGCCUUUCGGGACGCAUUUCAGCGUGAUCCGGCGUACGAAGCCAUGGUGCGAGACCAUGCCGAGUCGGGAGCUGCGUCGCUCUUUGAAGCAUGGCUUUCUGAACUCAAGCAGCGCAAACUCCAGCAGGCCGAAGCAGCCGAGCAAGACUUUCUUGCGCUGCUCACGGAAAAGAUUUCGUCCAAAGAUGAGUGGGCCGUGGCGAAAAAGACGCCCGGUCUAGCUACCGAUCCUCGCUAUGACGCGGUGGGAAGUGCGACACGCCGUUCUGAGCUCUACCAAGCGUGGUGCCGACGUCCCUCGCAGCGUCUUUCCAAAGAAGAGCGACAGGCACAGGCGCUCGAACAUCGCGAGGCGCAAGUCCGUCGUGAACAUGCCAAACAUGCGCGGCAUGCACACUCGGCGCGCUCUGAUGCGCUUGAAGAGCAAUACGAGACGUAUCUCCGGCAGCGGCUGGUCGAUACGGUCCGCGAUCCAUGGAUGGCUUGGGAGGAUGCCAAGCACUUGGUCGAUGGACGCCGCGCUCUGUUUGAUGAGCAUAUGGAGCAUUUGCGAGGAAAGCGGCGUGAUCUGCUGGCCAAGCUGUUUGCGAAGCAUGCACAGGAUGCGUUGCAGACCGGUGGCGAUGUCAUUUUGCCGCUGGUACGUGCGGAUCCAGCCUACAUCGAGUCGGCCCUACCGCGGUUCGUGGGCGACACGCAUCAGGGGCAGCAGCACACGACGCUGGAAGCCGAGUUUGAUGCAUGGGACCAGUGGCGCCAUGCUCAGGCCCGGCGCGAGUUUCAGGACAUGCUACGUGAGAAUGCCUUUGUCGAUUUUUGGGGACGUUUGCAAAAGCGAGACAAGGGCGAGGCAGACACCGUCGAGGCGGAAGACGAGGACGACGAGGGGACCAUGGUGUCAUUACUGGAUAUGGCAUCACAGCUAGAUAUACAGGCGAUGGAAUCGGUGCUCAAGAUGGAUAAGCGGUACAAGGUAUUUGCGCAUGUCCCAGAACAGCGCACCGCGUGGGUUCGUGCGUAUUUGCAGUCGCUCAGCGUGCCGAAAAGGGCGGUGCGCCUACGAAAUGAAUAG